GGCAACACUGCAUUGCCUUACUUUCUCUGGACUGAGUUAGGAGCCUCUCCGACAACAUCACCGUUGGGGAGCAGCCCCCUAUUUUAAUGUUCAUAUUGUUAUUGAACAAUUGUCCAGGCCUCGGAGACGUAACAAGAGGACUUGUUUUUGCUCAUAUCAGCUUGUUCGCAAACAUAAUAAGACAGGAGCUUCCAGCUCAAAUCUGGGAGACGGUGGAGGAGCCAAUGGAGAGCAGACUGUAUGGAUGCAGAUGAGAUGAGAUGCUAGCUGGCUAACUAGCUACCGAGGUAAGAGCCCAAAGUUCUGGGAUAAUUUAGACUAACUUUGCAGGCGUCUACACAAUGGGUACACAAUUUAAUGCUGCUAGAAAUUAUGUUUUUUUAAAAGAGUAUGUUUUGGGGGAGAUUCUUGAAGGUUUUGAGAAGGUAGUCAACCAGAGGGAUAUCACAAACUUUGAGAAAAUCUUUACAGUCGAGGCCCAGCAGCUCUGCGAGUGAGGGAAGGCAACAGAUUAAUAAAUACCCAAAGACUUUUUCAUCUUUUGUAGUAACUCUUUUAAUUUAAUCUGGUAAAUUAGUCAACUUUAGUUAAAUUUACAAAUGCCUUUCCAAAGUUACUUAAAGGUAAAUGUAGUAGUUUAUAUUGUGAACCUUCUGUUGUAGAUUUCACAUGUGUUUUUAGCUUUGAAAAGGAGGAAAACCACUGAACAAAUAGUAAACAUAAUACUGAAGUCUUAGUUUAUUUCCCACGUUUCUUUCCCUUCCCAUUCAGCAGUUCUUCGUGCUGCGUUCAGGUUCCACAUUGUAUUUAUGGAUGUGCCUGUGGUGUGCCAUAAACUGUGUUGUGAUAUGAGAAGUUAUUAGCUUGCAACAUCCUCUUUCAGCCGAAAUGCACAGAAGAGUUUUGCUGUGAGGAAGAACUAAACUACACUGUUUGAUACACACCUAGAAAGUACUAGAAAUCCACUCAAUAGUUUUUAGUACAAUCUGUGAAAGCUCUCUCAAAUUGAAGUAGUUCCAUGAGUUGGAUUGUGAUCCCUGCGCAUUGAAGUAUUUCUGCUGUCUACACAUUCCUGACCAUUGACCCAGAGGACAAGAGGACAGCAGUAGUUUAACCCCGAAACCCCCCUGACCUGCCAGCAGGGCAGUAAUUACAAAAACUGCCCUGAAGCCAAACUUCAUUCAAACACCCAAAAAGUCCUAGUGGAGGUUUGAAAGCAUUCAGGGAGGACACACCUCUGCAGUUUACAUCUGAAAACUUGAGUUGAAUAUUAGGGUCCGACUAAAAGGUUUUUUUUUGGGGCCGAUUAUUAGGGGGGGGGAUUCAAUUACUGAUUAAUCGGCUGAUGUUUCAAAUUUUUUAUGAAGUUACAAAAAAAACAUAUAUGCUGUAGAUAUCUACAAUAUACUAUAUACUGUAGGCUACUGCUCUUCACGCCGACAGGAAGACUGACUGAUCAAACUUGGACCAGAAAAGCUUUUUUUUUUUUUUGAAUGUAUUUUUAAGUCAGUUACAUCAUUCUCUUAAGUGGCCCUUUGAGUGCAUCUCAGUGAAAUAGCACAUAUGUGUUUAAUCUUCGUCACCCUCAAUGAUAUUUAAAGGAUUUAGUGUGUUUAGAAAAGACUUUGAUUUAUGUGCUGCUUACUUGUCUAACGCAAUGAUCCACAUCAAACACUCAGGCUCCACAUGCUCGGUCAUUUAAGUCACAUGUAGUGAUUUUCACAUCCUCAGGAGCCUAAAUUAGAGCCUUCAGGCAAUAUGACGCUUGGAACUGCAUGAAUGUAGGCUCAUGGGAGGGAACCCAACCACUGUGAGGCUUGCUUUGUUUGCAUUUUAAAGCUUUUGGAUUUGUAGCACAUUAGUGUAACUUUAUAGCCUUGUUUUUAUGACAGCAGCUAGAUCAUUAUGGCUAAAGGAUCUAGGUACUAGUUGAAAACCCAAGCUGCCAAAAAUCGAGGAAAAAUGUGUCUUCUCUUGGCAGCUGAUGGCUCCUCACACAGCAGCAGUAGUCUAGCUGUACAUUAUAAAAAGGACUCAAGAAUAUGUAAAGAAUUUGUUUAGCCAGCUGCUGUGUAGCCCACACAAAGCCCUCUCUCUGUCCCCCUGGGUCUGCUGGUUUAUAUAAACUGACCAUGACAUUCACCAACUGUCUUCUGAGAUUCUGGACAAUGUCUGUGUUGUGGAUGAGUUUGCUUAGAAGUUGUCCAGGAUUACUUUAAACAUUGCCUUAGCUUCAAAGUGCUUUUAGCUGCCGUAGCACUGUUGUAUAACCUUUAUUUGUAGUUAGUUUCCCAUGGUCAGAGAAGAUAUCUGCUCCUCUGCAUGAGCACAUUUUCCUUUUAUCUGAUGAAGGAUAUCGGACUGCUUGGUAUGCAUCACGUUUACAAAAGACACUUUCCUCCUCUGCUGUUACAUUAGCAUACAGGAGCUGGAACUAAUACACCCUCACUCAGUUAUCAGUGUAUCAUCUGUAGGGGUGGGAAUCACUAGUGGCCCCACGAUACAAUAUUAUCAUGAUACUUGGGCCACAAUACGAUAUUAUUGCAAUUUUUAACAUUUUGCAAUACAGUGAGUAUUGCGAUACAAUAUAUUGCAAUUCAUACAACUUUUUCAACUGUUUAGCUACUUUAGAAUUUGUCUUUCCUUUAUGUUUGUCUUAUUUACGCUGUAUUUUAUUUUCAUGUAGCACAUCUUGCAUACCUUUUGUAUAUUUGUUGUACUAACUUUCUCCUGCUCUAUGAUGUCACCUCUGCCAACCUCACUGGACAAACAGUUGAUUUUAUUUUUCCAUUAUCAAAAUUUUGACUUUGUAUUAGUAAUUAAUUUGAAAAAUCAAUACUCGGUAAAUGAGACGAUACGAUAUAUCACCAGACAAAAUAUUGCGAUACUAUGAUGAAUCGAUUUUUUUCUCCCACUCCUAAUCAUCUGCAUAUGGCUAAAACUCAUCUGUUUUCACCACCAAUUCCUGCUGUCAUGAACAUUAUUUAGUGAAGUUUCUGUAGAAACUAUUUCAAAUACAUCUUGACUCAGGUCUAUGGCCCCUUUUCUCUUGUUUUUUUGUGGUGCUGUUUAUUAAUGUAGCCCAUCUUCACUCAUAUCACUACAUGAAAAAAUAUUAUGCACAUGCAUCACUAAGAAUAAAGAAACCCAUACAAAGUAUGUCUUUUUAUAUCAGAUUACACCAGGUCAGGCUUCCUUCUAAAAAUUGUGGAGAAAACUGAGUUUAUAAGUAGGGAUGGGAAUUGAUAGGAUUUUAGCAAUAUCAAUGCCAUUAUCGAUUCAAUUCUUUAACAAUUCCCUUAUCAAUGCCUUUCUUUGAUUUGUAAAAAAAAAUAGACUAUAGGUUUUCACCAUUAACUCAAUUUAUAAGUAUGCAGGUUGAACCUCACCCAUGUUUUGUUGACUGCCUCAUUACAGAGUAACAGCUUUAAACCUAUACCAUGGCCUCUUAUUAUUUCUUUAGAUUGCAUUCUUGGGUUCUCUCUCUGGCAGAAAUUGUUCGUUGAAGAGAGGAGGCUUGCUAGAGCCCAAUAUGUAACAAUGACCCGGAAUGUAACAAUAACAUGAUGUAAAUGUAAUAACUGGUCAAUAAUGUAACUAAAGUGUUGAGCCCAAAAUGUAAUGAAAUAAAAUGUCACAAACCCAUGUGUAAUAACUGAUAUGGUGAGUGGAAGCUCAAAUGUACUUUACAGUAAGCUGCUGGUGCCUUCAUUUGUAGUCUCAGUCUGUCAAUUGUAAACCAAAAAAACACAUCAAAUGCAAAAGAUAUUUGGUAUUUGCAUUCCAUGUGAAUGCCAACAGAGAGGCACCUGUGAACCUAAAAGUAGAACUUCGUUCAUCAAAUAUCUGCUGCCUUGUUUUAUCACUGGGGCUGCUGCUUUCUUGGUGCCGUGUCAUCUGAGAGCUGAUUCUUGAGUGUCUGGGAAUUGCCAAACCUUUUUUUUCCCAGAGUGCAACAGCACCAACAUUCCUGGGAAGCCAACAUGAAUAUUAGGAUUUGAAGUGAAUGUGAGCCAUGCAGUCACAGAGCAGGUGCUGCCUCUGUGUCUCUGUAAAUCAUGCAGGCUGUCCCACCACCAAAAAGUUAGCUUCAUUUUUAGUGCUGGAAAAAUGUUGGACUGGUUUAAGUUUUCUGUGAAAGGAAAGAAAAAGGUGAAGUUACGAAAGUUAUUUACAAAUCUAGGUUCGCUCUUUACUGUACAUGAUUGCUUUUUCAGUUUUACUUGAGAUGAAUGACCAGGAGGUGGCAGCAGGAAUGCAUUGAACUGAUAUUUGAUCUUUGUACCAUCAGAGGUGUCUUUCAUUGAGUUUGUAGUUGGAAGAAACCAGUGAUGCUAAGAUUGCAACAGAGUCAUGGACAAUCAGUUUUGUAGACAUGUGUAUGUCAAGUUUUUGUAUUUGUAUUUAUAAGUAAACAGUCUGAUGUGCUCUGCUCACAUUCAUUUGAUUUCACUCUCUGAAUGUGCUGACUCUAAUUGCAGCUAGUGUACUCAAAUACUUUCACAAAUAUACUUUUUUGCCCCAUAAAAUUACCAAACAUUGUGAAAAACAGCCAAUCUGAAGUAACCAAGGGAAGUGUUCUGAAAUAAAGUUUUCAAAAAGAGCUAAAAUUACAAAAAAAAAAAGAGGAGAAAUUUUGAAUCCACAAAAAUGUUUGCAUAUGCAAAUAAAUGCCCCCAAAUUUGCACAAUUAGCUAAACAUGUACCUAGGACAUGUUCUGACAACCCACCAAUUGACCAAUCAGCUGUAAAAUAGAUGUUGGCCGCAUACUUUCGUCAUAGUUUUUAUGGCACUUUUAUGAAGUAACAUAUCAGUCAUGUUGGCAGCUCCUCUCUUUAGCUCACUGAUAAAAGGACACAGUUAAGCGUAAUUUCUCAGUCUUGUCAUUGUUGACACAGUUUUAGUGUCAGACGGUGACGCUGAGUUAUAUGAUCCUGACUCAAGUGUUCGGCUCUCUGUUUGUGGCCACUCCCCUUCAGCAGGCAGCACUUUGUCAGAGCCUUUCUCUGUCAUUCAUGUCCAGACUCUCAACAGCUUCAGAUUCCUACAGCGCUGAGGGAAAACUUUCAACUCUUUUUGGAUUUGUCACUUUUUGAAUUUCUCUCAAAGUAAGUCACUUUUUCAGUUUCCCAGUGAGCGGUGUUUCAUGUGUUUAUUUCUGAUAUUUUAAUUGCUUUAUCUGGCUGAAUUCAGCUUAAUGUGAAAUAGUCGACAUUAUAUCUUGCUGGUAACUUAAACAUAGACAUUCAGACUUUUUUAUAAACUUUAUGCAAAUGUAGAGUGGCUGUUUUGCCUUAAUAUAAAAAUGAAAAACAAUUGAAGGUUAAGUGCUGUCAGUCCUUGAGUUUUGUUUAUCAUUAAAAGUUUCUCAGCCCCUUCAGGGAGAACCAAGUCUUCUCCUGUUUUUUUUAUGUGUGUUUUAAACAUCUGAACCAACAAGUGUAUUUAAACUAAACUAGUUUGGGGCAAAAUAAUCUAUUCUACAAUAAUGCACAUUCACUGUGAGUUCAUUUAUUUCUGCAGUUUUUGUUCCUUACCUUUCAACUCCCUCUUUUAUCAGUUUGUGUGUGGGAGGGUUGAGAUUUUGCUGAUUUUCAGGGAAUUCCAGGUAUUAGCACACAUGGAACCGCAGGGUGGGAAUCAGGAAACCGAAAACUGACAAAGGCGAAUGAUGGGAAAUAUCAGCUUCAAAGUUCCGAGGCUCUGUAGGUCUGUUUUGUGGGAUUAAAAGAAUAAUUUUAAAACAGUUUUAAGCACUAUGAAAUCAUGAAGUUCAGAAAAUGUUGAUUUACAGAAUAAGUUAGAUGAUCAAUACUGGCGAAACUAACAACAGAAAUCUGCAGCUGUUUUGAUAUUUGCAGAGGUCAUUGAUCAAAGAAAUAGAUCAUUUAAACCUUUCAAAUGUUUUCUCAGGUUUUGAUUUUGCUGUAACAGAAAUACUUUUAGGUUUUUGACUACUAGACCAAAAGAAAACUACUUGAAGUUUCAAAUCAGACUGUGUAGAACAUGUUUUGGGUAUCUUUUGAUACUUUCACAUUGUUAAUACAUACAAAAAAUGUGUUUUUAUUUCUCUUGUUGCAGUCUGUAAGUGCUAAUUUCUGGAGCUUCAACAUUUCUGACUUGUAAGUGGUGGGAUCCACUGAACCUACUAAAAAUGAUUAUGCUUGAGUUGCACACAUUAACAAACUUACACUUUAGUGGUAAUGUGUUCUUUGUAGAAACAUAUAACUCCUUUUUUUAGCAGUUUAGCAAAAGUCUUUCCUCCAAAGCUUGUGCAUGUUUGUUUUUCAGCACUGAAGGGUUGUUUGCCUGAGCUGCACAUUAACUGUUCUCGCCUUAAUUUUGCAAGCACAGCAGCAAAUUAUCUGAGAGUUAAGGGUGUGAAGGCUCCAGUCACAGUCAUAUGAGCUGAGUGGAGCAUGUAUCAUGCUCGGGAUGACCAUGAUGAGGUGAUUCUUGUUGAUCCCUGUAUUCAUGAAUGUAUGGCAACAACAUCAACAAAUAACAGCUCUUGUAUGUUGCUGCUAAUGACUUCAGCUCAUGUCGUCAUUCCUCCAGACAAUGGCUGCUUGGAUUCUGCUUCUACUGCUAGCAGAGAAAACCUCCCCUCACUGUGUCAGGGUGCCAUCAGAGCGACAUUCCUGUGAUCUCUGAGUUAAUGAUCAAACCGAAAAGUUUCACAGUUCUUAUUUUACAUGGCUCAUAUACAUAUAUGGCCCUGCUAAUGCAUCCUGAAACUCUUACCUGCAGCAACUCCAUUAUGACGAUCAUAUGACAUCAGAGGCCAACAAACAGGCCGACAGGAACAGACAGGAAACACCUCAGACUUAGUAACUUGUAUGUGUGCUCAUGCCAUGGGAGACUGUGACUACACCUGGUUAUACUGUCACACCUGAAUCACUACAGCAACAGGUCACAUGAUAGAGUCAUGGGCUUUCUUCAAGAUCAGCGUUAAUGCUGUUUAGAUUUGGGUUUAUUUUUGGAAUUAGACUGAUUAUCAUCCGUAGCAUAAUGACUACUUGCGUGUAAUCCCGAUUAAUAACAUAAAGGGUGUUUUUAUUUUUCGCAGAGUUUGAACACAGAGCUUUUUUUCUUUGCAUUUAAUUUCCGACACAUAGAGAGUCAUUUCUUCCUCAGCCCAAAGUGUGUCAUACUGAACACACUGUAAACUUCAGAUAAACAGCUUAGGCUCUUUAAUAGGAUUUUGUAUUUCCACAUUACAUAGCACACUGUGACCUGUGACAUCCACCUUCAGCCUUGGACCUUGAACCAAUAUCUGAUUCUGCCUCAAAUAGAUACUUGGUGACUCAUACUUGGGGCUAAUUUUUGACUUUUGGUGGAUUAUCUGUGUCGGUAUUUGUUUGACCUAUUGCUGAUAAAAUGUGUUCAAUGAAAAGUCACUUUGGCUACGCUGGCAGAGUGUCUUUCAAUCUGAAUCUGACUUCCCUCUCUACUUUGUUUCACCUAAUGUCCUCCUCUCAACACUUUCUGAUUGACAGAACUGUAUGAUGAUACUGCACUGAAGGUUCAACUGUUUAUUCUUGUAUAGAUGUUGAAUGUUUCAGUUUUUAUUUAAUAGUUGAUCAAAGUAUGAAUUAAACCAAAGUAUUGUAUUGGAGUUAGUAAUACUCGAAAGUCUGAAUUUUGUUGGAAAGUUUUUAAUAUUUACUGUAGUACUGAUUAAACCCAAUCAGUGUUAAAUUUUGCUUUUUUAAUUAAAUAGGAAAAAAAGUGUUUUUUUAUGAGGAAGUUUGCACUUUUUUGUCAGGAAUCAUUUUAAAAAACCACGUCUAGACAACGCCACAUAUGACCGCCCCCCCUUCUCUAAUCCCGGUUGUUACUGGAAUUGGUGCUAAAACUGAAACCGUACUUUACAGGAAAUGGUGAUCAUCCACUGAAGAACAGCAAGAGUUAGCCAACUUAUUUACAUGGAGUUCAACGGAGAGAUCAGUGACACCGACAGCGGCAUCAUUCUCCACUCAGGUAAAAAUUUUCUUCUCACUUCACUUCAAGCGUGCAGCUCUAAAAGUCACAAAAAUGUUUGUGUUCAUUGAUGUUGUGUUCCAGUACUAAAGCUAAAUAACAUUUGUUAGUGAACACCCUUUUAUUUGUCUCAGCAAUGACAGCUUAUAGAGGUGACAUAGUUGAUGCAGUCAUUUAUAAUCUGUGUUGUUUCAUGACUCUCAGUCUUGAUUGGACACCAUCGUGAGACCCAGAGUACCUGAAAUCUAUCUGGACUGCAGAUUGUCUUUGCUUGGUUGCCCAAGUGUAUCGAAAGGACAAAAGAGCAGCUUUGGUGAAUGGUUUAAUUAAUGAGGAAACAAAGUGGAUUUACAGAAAAGUGGAGUUUCUCAUACUUCAGAAGUUUUAAGCCAUUUAUUUUCCGAAUGUUUGUUGACUUUCAAGACUCAAAGGGAACCUAUUUUCUAAAUAGAGAUGACUGUCUGCUGGAGGCACAACAAUUUUUGCCUUACUCUUAAAGUCCCACUCCGACCGUUUUUUUUUUUUACUACUUAAACUCUUUAAAUUGUGAUCAUGAAGUUUUUACCAAAAAUCGUGUUACCUGUGUUGUUUUCAAGGGUUUUUCUUCUGCAGAGCUCCAGUAGAUCAUUAGCAAUUUGCCUCUGAGUUGUUGGCGGAGACAGCGCUGCUCUGCACACUUGUCUUCACGCUAGCUUGCAGCCUUACGUUAGCGGUGUAGUAGAAGUGGCAGGUAACAUAGGAGUUAUUCAGCUCUCGGACACUAAUGUGUUUAGGGGCACGAUGAUGCUAAUGUCAUAAUUAGCUGUCUUACAAGCAUUGCAAUACGCUAACGCACACGCUUGUUCCGCGAUCGUCCUCUGUAUUUCUCGUCUAUAUGCAGAGUGUGGGCUGCAUAGCGGGGCUCCGGGGGUGGAGCUUGGAUUGGUUACAUAUGAAAUCUCACUGUUUCUGAACCUGCAGUUUGAUUCCUGUAGCAUCAGAAAAAUGCCAUAUGAACAUAGAAAAAAAACAAGAGAAUCAUGAAUUUCAUCGGAGUGGGUCUUUAAAGCAAAUCAGGCUCUGUUCUAAACAUGAAAGCUUGAAAGAGUUAACCUGAUACUGUGAGAUACUGCAAACAGUAAGUAAACAGAAACAGACAUGUUACAGAGAGCACAUUUAUCAGAUUACAGAUGAUCUGUAGUUAUGGAAUCUUGCUCUACGUGUAUUUGCAGCUGAGAAAAAAAGUUUUCAUAAAAGACUCAGUGUUGGUCUGUCAGCUCUGUGCCUCCAUGUGUACUCCAGAUUUCAUGUAUUUGAGGAGGUAACGGCAUUUGAACCGAAACAAAGACUUGCAUGUUACCAUCUUUAUUAGGGAGACAAGAUGUCAUGUGAAAACCUGUCAGGAGAUAAAAUGUAUGUUGUCCAUCAUUGAAGAAACAGUGUAGGUGAUCCAGAGAGGAUAUAGACAUUGAUAUAGGCCUGUCUGACUCGCAGAGCACACUUGAAGAAAGGAUCAAAGUUGAUAGACUGGAUUCAGACAUGAUUUCUUUCUUGUCAAAAAGCAGAAGAAUAAAGAUAGAUAAACAACUGUACAAAAAUGUAAAGGUAGCCAUUGUUAUCUUUUGGUUUGGAGAUUAUUAUUUCGAAGCCUCCAGUUUGGGAUAUUGUUCUUAUUUAGCCAUCAGUGACCAUAUUUGGAUGUGGGUCAAGAUGAGAGGUCACUGUUGUAGUGACAGAUGGAGAGAUGAAUGUGAUUGUGCUCAAAGUCUUUGAAAAGACUGUUUCCUUUACCUUCGUUUUUUUUUCUUUAUUUUAUCCGCUGUCAUUACAACCAAACUGUGUCCAAACACUGGACAUGGCAUUUCUCUGUGGUACAAGCUGCUUGAGUAGCUCAAUUGGCUGGCUUGAGUUCUCUAUUAUGUCGCAGACUGGAUGAAGCAUAGUCACGUGAUUAAACAUGGGAUAGUGUGUUAUUAAAGGGACAGUACAUGGCGCACGCAGUAUUAACAGGAUUUUGAAAAAGUAUCCACUGAAAUAUUUGAAAUUAUCUGUGGAGGCAGGAUUAUGUCAGUCAGAGGCUCUGGAUGUUGAUUUUUAAUCAUUAAUUUGCCGGUCUGGUCCUAGUCCUGUUCCUAGAGCUGGUAUUUCAUAGAAAAAAAACAACAAAAAUCCAGAGAAUAGACAGCCUUUUCAAGUCUUUCAGCAAAACAAAAAGGAUAUGUUUGUUUUUUAUGUUGCUUAAAGUAAAAUCGAUAAAUGCCCAUCAGAAAUGUAUUCCCUCACUACACUAACAUUUAGGUUUAACAGGAAGGCUUAAGCAGUCUUGUUUUCUCUUCAUCCGGCAGUGCCUACUGAUUUGUUCAGGCCUUUCUGACAUUCUUUGCACCCUAAUUGAGCCACGUGACGUCUACUCUAUACAAUGAAAAGUUAAGGUCCUGAGUGAAUGGGGGGAUUGUCACUCUGGGACGAGGAAUUCUUUGCUCUAUUGUGGUGCUGUCACACUUCUUUCCUGUUGCACCUCAGCUGUGUGUGAGUACCUGCAGGGAUUCUGUUAAUAAUCUCUGAAGGUAUGUGGCACCCAAUGCAUGUCGCCUGAAACCACUCCCAUGUCCUGCGACUAAUCUUAAUGUCAUUAGUCACCGCAGAUACAGACAGCAGCAGUCUAAAACCCGCAUUGUGUUUAUAGUUACCAAGAUUCUGACUCGCACACUCGCAUGCCACGAAUGAAAACAACUGUAACAGCAACAGGUAGGCUUUGUUGAAUGUAGCCAUUGUGUUUCCUGUAGAGGUCUUCAGAGUUCAUCUGAAAGCAGGUAAUUUAGGUCUCCUUCAUGAUUAGAACCGUGUUUGGGGCGCCAUCGUAGGUGCUCCUAUUUGAACAGGCCAAAAUACAAAACAUGACAAAUACGUCAAUGAGUGACCAAAAAAAGCAAAAGGCUCUUGGUGUGCGAAAUGAAGCAAAAUGCACUGCUACUGCUGAUUUGUGUGAAUAGAAAUUUGUGUCCAUGUGUCUAUUUCUGUUUUAGAAUAAUCAAUCAAAAUGAUUUUUUGUCUGGCAAAAAUAUUUUAAAAUAUGUGCUGGAUUUGCUGUUUUGCUUCCUCUACCAUUAUGUAACCUCUGGGACCAUGAUAUAUUGAAGAGUUAUGGAGUGAAGGUUUAAUUGUUACUUUUUUCAUUCUAGUUGACAUCAAUAACUACCAUGAUAUGAAAUCACUUGUCAAUCUUAAAUGUUCCCUGUGACUCUUAAAUGAGAUAUGAAACAGUGCCUUUUGGUUGUCUUUUGCAAUACAAUAAGCUACUGCACCUGUGAGGUCUUUGUGUCUCUUCAACGUUUUGUCAUAAGGCGUUGCGUUAAAGAAAGCGGACUGAAUGGUCGGUUCAGCGCGGCGCAGACCCGGAGUAACUCCCCUCUUUAUUGGCUAAUCAUUUAGUCUACCAAAACAUGGCAGAAUGCCAAACAUCGAAACGCAUAUUGACCAUGUUCAAUAUCGAUAUCGUAUUGAACAAACGAUAUAGAUCAUUAUCGUUUUAUCACCCAGCCCUACCUUUUACUGAUUAUGAUGUGUAUCCUGUUAAAAUCAAAUGUGUCACCGCUAUGAGUUUCCCCUCGGAGAUCAAUAAAGCUCUUCUUAUCUUAUCUUUCUUUUUUUGGCUCUGGCUACUAAUUACCUCCGCCAAGGAGGUUAUGUUUUCGGUAGCGUUGGUUUGUUUGUUUGUGAGUUUGUUUGUCUGUUAGCAACUUUACGGAGAAAGUUACAAACGGAUUGACCUGAAAUUUUCACCAGAGUUGCGUCUCAGCCCCAGGAGGAUCCCAUUAAAUUUUGGUGGUGAUCCAGACAAGGUUCUGGAUACUGUGAUCCAGAACACACAAAAAUAAGGGUGUUGUUGGAAUUUUCAAUGCUGAAAGAUAAGAAAUGGGCGGCACAGUGGCGUGGAUAGGUGGCACAGUGGUGUAGAUAAGCGGCACAGUGGUGUAGUGUUUAGCACUGUCGCCACACAACCAGAAGGGACUGGGUUCGAAUCCGGGUCAGGGCAUUUCUUAUUUUAGGAACAUUAUCAACAGUGAACAUACCAGUUUAAACACAAAUAAAUGUUAAUAAAAGACACGUAAAAGUAAAGGUUUUGGUGUGAAUCACAAUAUAAGGGGGGACAUGAGCUGCUUGGUGGAGUACUGCGCUCUCUGAGUGCUUUUCUAGUUUUCUUCUUAUUCCUGUGUCGUAUGUUUGAAACAGAAUUUAAAUAAUGGUUAAAUUUAAGAAGCGAGUCCAUACGCUUGUGUCCUGUUUUGUCAUGCAGGCUCAGACAGUCCAACGACACACACCAAGGAUGUGACCACACACACAAGAGCAAUGAAGCUCAAACACCGAGAUCUCCAAGACCGACUGGAGAUCUGCAUACUGGAGCUGAAGAAACUCUGCAUUCGAGAAGCUGUGAGUACAUCAACAGACAAAUUACAAACAAGCAAUUAAAUCACUAAUGAGGCUGUUUACAAUAGUUAAAUAAAAAAAAAACAUCACAGAGUGAGUCACAUAAAAAAGUAGUUACAUAAUCAGGUAAACUGAGACUUCAUGUUCUGGUCAUGUUGCUUUAUGUCACACCUACGGUAGGUGAUUAAAAAGGCGGGGUAGUUUGAUAGCUCUUGUCCUGUAGGUAAACGGAUUUACCUGCAGAAUAAAGCUUUCUGUACUUGUUUUAGGACACAACUCUACUCUGCUGAACAGGAGUUUGAAUAAGAUCAAACCUUACAAAAAAAAAAAACUUUGCCUGGUGUACAUGGCUUUUCACAAAAUAGAUUUUUUAAUUUGUCUAUAUUAGCUUGUACGUGGUCUUUCUGCCUGUCUUGGUGACUGAGAAUGUGGUUUUUACCAUUUAGACACAUUUUGAAGUGAAAUCACUCCAUGCAAUGUGGUUUCACUAGAUGUUUUUAAUGCAUCAAAUCUUUUAGUGGUUCUGUUGGUCAAACCCUAACCGUAGAUUAAAACCCAGUAAGAGAUCUUUGUCACACAUCAACUCUGCAUUUUUAAUCUUCUCUGCCUUCUCCCUCCCAUUUUUUAUUCCCACUGAUCAAAUUAAUCCUAAAAAUGCCCCAUUAAGUCUUUCGAAACCUGGACUCGUAUGUCUUUGAGAGUCUCUCUGUUUGCGUCAGUGCUCCAGGGUGAAAUCCCAGGACUGAUCAUUCUUUCCUGUUGACACUUGGGCUGGGCACUCCUGUUGGGACACGCUCAGGUGAACUAAUGGGAGGCCUCUCCCUGCUCUCAGUGACAAAAGAACAAGUAAUCUUAUUGGCAAUACCAAGAUUUUAGUCUGUCUUUAGAGGUGACUGGGCAGGAGUGACUCAAAGUAACAGUUUUCAUGGAGGUUUUUUUUAUGAGGCCAGUCACUGUGUGUUCUCAUGCUCUUUCUGUUUUUGGGACUCGGAUACUUGAUAAUACUGAGAACAUGAUACCCAAGGAAUGUGUUGUGAAAGGAAAUAUCUGCGAAUGCAGAAUUAUGCAAGAGAUACCUCGAACCUAUGUGCCUCAACAUGUGAAGAAGCAGGAACAGAUACUUGUAGAUCAUCUCAAACAGCCACAGACCUGGCAGAAUCAACUUUUGAAGAUGUGUGCCUUUAAUUCAACAACUACACUCAAAUGACUUAACAGCCUUUGAAGACAUUGUUUUAAAAGAUUCACCGUCACCAAGCCAUCAAUUAUCUUCAACAAAUAAACUUCAGUGCGUGUCUGCAUGUUACUCAGUGCACAGUUUAUAUUUGGGAUGUAUUCUUUGUUUUGUAGGAGUUGACUGGCCGGCUGCCGGAUGAUUACCCUCUGCUGCCUGGCGAGAAACCUCCACAGAUUCGCAGACGUAUUGGAGCUGCAUUUAAACUGGAUGAACUAAACAUCCCUCAGGGAGAAGAGGUAAAAGCAGCACCUAAAGCCUUUAACUUCACAUGAAGACAUUUUCUGAAGGAUGUUCCAGUACUCACACUGUCACCUGUCUCUUGUUGCCCUACUCUAACUAUUCAGGAGUCAGAACUGAGCCUGGUUGAUGCUGAGUUGGCGCUUCAGAUGAAGAUUUAUGAAGCGGCUCGAAAGCUUUGCGAGGAGCAUCACACGAGCAAAGCUGUCAGGAAGAGCCGCUUACUGCAGCGCAAGAGGGAGGAGAAAAAACUCAAACUGCUGCAAGAGAGGGCCUUUCAGCUGCGCCUGGAGCACGGGCGAUCAUCACCACUUCCUGCUUUUAAUAUUGCACAACAAGGUGAGAGGCACUUGGUCAGUCUAGCUUAGGGCUGGUAUUCGACUUGAACACUUUUCACAGUUUCUAAUCAGGUUGACCUUUCAUCUUCUGGUGUUUUUUUUUUUUUUUUAGAUCUGGGCACAUCUGAUGACAGCUCUUUAUCUGAUUCUGUGGUGCAAGACGAAGGUAAGAAUAGCUUUGGCCUCAUCCUCACAAGUAGAAAUAUGUUCCCUCUAAUAGUGAUGACAAUAUUUUAAAAACAAAGCCUCAUAGUUUAAAAGCAGAACAACUUUUGUCACUGAAUGAGUCGACCGUAAAACAUGUUGCAAUGUAAACGUGACGCCACAGAGUAUUGGUCUUGCAGUACUUCUCAAUAAUGAGAUAAUAGAUAAAACAUUUUUGAACUCUUGAUGACUUCUUUCAAUUUCCAUUCUUCUCCAGAAGUUACAAGCCAGUCAUCACAGCAGUCAUUAGGAGGACUCCUCUGUCCAGCAGAGCCAGAUCUCCCACAGCCUCCUCCUGAACCCUCCCACUCCUUUGUAGACGGCCCCUGCAUGUCUCCCUCUGCUGCUCCACAGUCCGCGCUGCUGACCCCGAGCCAGUCUCCCCGUCCAAGCCUUGAAUCUACUCAGAGUUUGAACUCCAGUCCAGCGUAUGACCUGCCUCCCAUCCAGCACUCACCAUGGACGGAGUCCAGUCUCGACCAACCGUACCAGAAGAGCAAGAAGUCGCGCUCCUCCAGCAGGACAAGGUAACUCAGAGCACCCAUCAUGACUCCCAUCCUGCUCUUCUAGCUUUGGUUUUAGUGUAAGGAAAGAGAGUUUGGGAUACUUGGUCGUGGCACUAGAGUAAAGUUAGGGACUGGAAAUGAAACAAACUCUCUAAACUGAAUCAAUGCUGAGUGCACUAUUUCCCAGUCAAGGAGGUGCAAACACAUGUAUAACAGGUGCUUUGGCUGCUUUUGGUUGUGUUUAUUGGAAUUUAUGACAGUGAGGAGCAGGAUGAAGACAGUUUUUCUCUCCACUAAAAUAGCAGCCUAGAUUAGAAAAGGUCCUUUCCAAUGAAAUCCUCUGGUCCCUGCACUGCAAUGUGAAGUUCAUGUCAGAGAUGUUUGCUGUGCAACACUGCCAUCUGGUUUUACACCUGUGUUACUGCAGCUAUGAAGAAACCAUCACCAUAGAGCCAUAAAUCCUGCUGAUUUAUACUGGUAGCAUGACACAGAGGGAGAUUCCAGGUUUUAUUGUUCAGUAUUUAAAUGCUACAAUAAAAACUUCCACCUGUAAUGACAUUAGUUCCUCUUUAUCAGUGUAAGGGAUUACUUUAAAUCCAGCCUCAUCCAUUUACUCAGCAUAAUAUUUUAAAGAAUUUAGAUGUUUGCAAAAACUGAAAAAUUAAAUAUAUAUAUAUUUCUGUGUUUGUGUGUGUGUGUGUUAGCACUCCAACCAAAACCGAGCUGCUGCCGCCAUUGGAGGCCUGCUUACCACCAUCUGUGCAACUCUCCCAUCUGAGGCUGAGCCGUGCCCAGUCCAACAGCACACCCUCCACACCAGAGAUACGUGUUCACAGACAGCUCUCCCUCAGGUGAUCAGCUUUUUUUUUCUCAGAAAAACCUUCACUACUCUCAUGUCUGCAGCAUACCUGAAAAUGUCAGUGUUGUCAUUUAGCGGCAUGUAUAAUGUUGUAAAAUGUAAACAUGAGAUGUACAUAUUUCAAAAGUUCAGCCCGUUCAUUAAGUAGUCAUACUUCAUGCUUUCUGUAUGUAACUGAAUUUCUUGUGAAACACACAGAUUAUCCAACCCUGAAUCUUCGUUUGAUAAAGAACGAGGUCGCGUCAGAGGUCCGAGGAGACGACUGACAGACGUCACAAUCACUUUACCAGAGACUCUGCCCUCUGCUGUGAACUAUGGGAACCUGGCGAACUCGGAGGACAGCAACUCUGAACACUCGUUUACGUCUUACAACAGCUCACCGUGUCAGGAAUUUCCCUGCAGUUCGCCCCAGCCUGCAUUCCCGCACUCCAGCCCAGUUGGCAGCUAUGGUCCUCAAGCCUUCCCACGCACCGGCUUUUACCAUAAUCCCAGGCACCAGUCUAGCCCUGGUUUUCACAAAGCCUAUUACAAUGAUGAAAUGGUCUACCCACCUGAUCUGGACCUGCAAAGAAGUUAUUACGCCCAGCCUGCUCCUUCUACAUCCAGCAGAUAUGAAUAUCGGUAUAAAGACGCCCCUGUUCCUCACCAGAGAGCGCAGAGGCCUGCUGAUAUCAGGCUCUCCCCCUCCCCGGCUCAAUGGGACCAUCCACACUACCGCUCAGCAGGUCUCCCACAGCAAGUAGUGACUGAGCAGCUCAAGUCCUGGCAUCGACGCAGUCAGCUCAAAGCCCCAAGGUCCCGCUCUCUUGACCGACAGGGAGCAGUCCGUGUGAAAAACAUGGCUGCUCGGGAGUUAAACUGCUAUGCGAAUCAAAAGUACCAUGGGCAGGUAAGCUAACAAAAUAAUGACACAAGUUUAAAUGUUUGGAAAAGCUCCUCCUAAGGCCUUUGAUUGAUGUUACUUUUAGCUACACAGAUAAAUCUGGAGCUUCCUCCCCUCUGUCAUUCCACUUCACCCCAUCUCAUUUAUGUUUUUGUGCAGUUUCUAAAUGCCAGCACAUCUUUAGAGGGCCACCUAGGAAGUCAUAUGGAUUUCGUGUCUAUGAAAAUAAUAAACAGAAGAAAAAAAGAGUUUUUCUUUGAAUUAUUUAUUUGUAUGUGAAUGUGUUCUACAGAUUUUCAAGCAGAACUUUGAAAUAGUUGUUUUUCUCAGUGAUAUAGGACAGUGUUUAACGCAACAAAAAAAGCUUCAGUCUUCAUGGAAGAGGAAUUAGACAUUUAUUGUUACCAGUAUCAGGUGUAUAUUGUACAUCGUUUUUGAGAAUUUACAGAAGAUACAUUUCAUCCCACUUAAUUCAAUGUGUCCCAUGCAUCGUAACGUCAUGUUUCUAAAGUCUUGUCACUUCUUCUGUUUUUAACUCUCAGGUUAAUCAAAGACAAGCUCUCCAAAGAUCUGCAGAUGACUCUCAAACACACUGGCUGGUAGAUGAUGGCUCCCACUACAUGAGUCAAGUAUAAACCAUGGCUGCCUGUGCUCGAACUGAAAGACUCCAGCUGCUGUGACUGCCAAGAGAUAGUAGCCAGGAGGUUGAGUUUUGUCAACUUAUAAUGCACAUAAAGUUUUUAAAUCAUCAAGUUUACAUUAUGUUCACAUGUCUGCCUGUAUGAAGACAUACCCAAACCGGAUUUUAAGAAGAAAGAAAGAAAUUUGAACAAUAUGGUGCAGUCCGGAACAAACUGCAGCCUUAAGUGUUUUUUUUUUAAGUUCAAACACCUUCCUGACUUAAGUAGGAAGUUUAAAAUAUUCUUCUGUACUCCUUUCAUCUAUCCCUGAUAUUAGCAAAUAUAGUGUCCAAGGCUGACAUCUCCUAGUUAUUCAAGACUGUUUAAAAAAAAAAAAAAAACUAUUAUUUUUAUUAUUUCACAGAAUUGAAAUGGCCUCAAUUUUCGGUACAUGAUUAUUUGAAAUGUCGAGUAGUACAAUAAGUCAAACUAGUUGGAGACAGCUGGAGUUCUGACACAGAUCUGCACAUUUUAUUAAGAUGAAAACUAAUGUGAAUCUUUUUAUGUAUAUGUAUAUACAUAUUUUUUUAUGUAACUAAUUGUCAUUCUCAAAUUUAAGUACAAGUGCAUAAGGGUUUAUUUCUAGAAGUUCAGAUUUAAGGCUGUGACGUAAAGUGCUUUUUGUACCAAACAGUAAAACGUACCCUGCGACCAUAAAAUCACUGCCCUUUCAUUUGUUUGAGGAUAAACUCAAACAGGUUAUUCUUUUGUAUUUAAUGAGUGACAGUGUUCAGUCUCCUUCCUUACAAAGGUCUCUGAAGGAUUCAAAUUCAUUGUAAAAUAAUGUACAUUUUCAACAUUUUUUACUAAUUUUUUUAUAUAUAUAUAUUUUGAUUGAGUCACCACUAAAAUGAACUGGGGAUACUUAGAUUUCAUUUGUCAACCUCUUCUUGUUUUUAUACCUACAUGCACAAGGCUGUGCUUAUGAACUUGAAUGAUAAUGAAAUAUUUCUGUUGAAACUAGAUAAUGAUCUAAUCAUCUUAUACCUAGAGUAGCAAAUUAAGACAAAAACAGAGUCUUGUUGUUUGGCAGCUAUAUUUGUGUUCAAUUGAGAUGAAAAUGUAUUUAGCCCCAACACAAUCUUUAAAAAGGUCUGUGUGCACAGGUGUUUGAGGCGGCUGAUCACCACACACUAACCUUUAGAAUAGAACCACUGCAACUCUGACUCAACACACGUGCUCGUAACACUGCCAUUAUUUGUUUAAAAUGCAAAUCUACUUUGUGCGUCAGAUGGUUGAUCCUUGAAGGAAAAGAAAUGAGAAAACUACUGUUACCAAAGUUGCAGCACACAGAGAUUUCUCUCACAGUGAUCAAGUUUGUGUAAACUGUCGUGAGAAAGCAUGUAAUUAGAAAAAGACGAAUCUGGUUUUGUAAAAUCGAGCAGUAGCAAAGACGUUCUUGCUGAACAGAAACAAAAAAACAAUAGUGUUACCCUGUGUGCCUCUUUUUUAUUGACAUUUUAUAUUUAUCUUAUAUGUUUAAAUAGACUUGAUAAUGUGUUCUGUUGCUGUAAAAACAAUCAUGUCCUGUGGAAGAACAUAAAUAAAAGAAUAGCAAUCA